CGGAAACGUCUUAAUCGGGCUGCUGUGAGAAUAAACAUACGGCGCAUUCCUGCUGCAAUGGCACGCACAGUUUUCGUCUAUUUGGAGGAGAGGGACGCUGGGGAUGCAUUGCAGACGCCCUCUCCCUAUCUUUAUCAAAAAGCGUGUGAGACCCGUCUUUCUAUCCCGAAGUAGACCUAGGUGGUGCCUGAGCUUGGUCGCGUAUAGGCACAUACAUAAACGCGUGCUUUUUUCCCCUUCCCGCAGAGGCAGCCCAUGUCUCCGACUUCCCAUCCCUGACCUUGUUUUCUCGUCAUCAUCUGAACAAAUGCUUCUGAAAGGAGCACUCCGCUCUCGAGCUAUGACAGCACCCACCUUCGCCAUCAACACCACCACUACCACCACCCUGUCUUCAUCAACGGACCAUCCCAAGAACACCACGAACAAGGACACCAGCAUGAACGCUAACAUGAACACUAACAUCAACAGUCAGCUUCCCUCGCCAACUUCACCCACCGCCACAACCUUCGUCUCCAAUACGACCACAGAAGCCUCGCAAAUCCUCCACAAACUCUUACGCGCCCUCCCUCCCUCGGCUCCCGUCCUCGAAGGUCGCACAUCGUCCUCGUCCACGACCGAACAAGACCUUCGCGAAGAACUCGACAAUCUGAAACAGCUUUCCACGGAGGCUCAGCAGACUUACAUGAUCGUCCACGGUUUGAUUCAACAGUACCAACAACUCGUUCUCUCCACACACGCACAGGUCGCGGCUGCAAAACAGGCCCUCAUCCAUGCACGUGGGACCCUCUCGUCAUCGUCGUCGUCGUCUUCAACAUCGUCAUUGUCAUCACAGUAUUAUGCUGGCCAGUCGUAUCCUCAGCAACAGCGGCAGCACCAGCAGCACCAGCAAGGAUAUUCGAGUACUUCCUCGGGAACAUCAAGUCCGCCUCUGUCGCCGCCUUCUUCGGGAUGGAGCCGAGCAGGCUCGUUCUCGAGCACAUUCAAUUAUCUAUCACCGACAUCGACAUCCCAGAAUUAUAGUUUUCCCGAUGGCGUACCAUCACAUCACCAACACCAGUACUCACACCAUCACCAGCACCAGUAUCCGGACCAUCACCAGCAGCACCCAUACCCGGAGCAUUAUCAACAGCACCAGCAUGAGGACGAUGAAGAGCGAGUGCGGAGGUUGAGCCAGGAGCAUACAGAUCUUGGAUACCGGCUCUCACAGCUGCUGCGGGAUAAGGCUGCGGCGGAGGAGACGAAGAAACGGUUGAAUGAUGGGUUGGUGAAGGUCAAAGCACGGAUCCGAGAGAUCGGACAGACCCUCGCAGGCGAAUGAAUCUUCAGUUUAGCUUCGACUUCGGUAACAUCGAGACCAAUAAAUCCGUGGAGAAUUUACAUGAAAAAAAGAACCAACAACAAUAACAACAACAGCAACAGCGAAGCGACAAGGAGGAUGCUAGGCAUACAGAGUCUCCGUUUGCACGACAAGACCAGUCUGGAGGGAUGGAGUUGGCCCUCCACGGACUUGCAUUUGGUAGUACAUACGCAUACACAAGCAUAUUCUUAGCAUCCAUCUACAGUCCAGCAAAAAAACAAC